UGUUUUGUUUCUUUCAGGUUCUGUGGUGGUUGACGGAGAGAGAGGGAGCUGAGGCAAGGUUGAAACAAGGGAGCUGAGGCAAGGUUGAAACAAGGGGAGCUGAGGCAAGGUUGAAACAAGGUGUGCUGAGGCAAGGUUGAAACAAGGGAGCUGAGGCAAGGUUGAAACAAGGGGAGCUGAGGCAAGGUUGAAACAAGGGGAGCUGAGGCAAGGUUGAAACAAGGGAGCUGAGGCAGAAGCCUGAGUGUUGAAUAAGAUGAGAAGGUAACCAAGGAUGGGUCUCUUCAGCAACAUCACCGCCUUCCAUGGUCAGAGCUACUCCAAGCUGAAGAAGUCGUGUCUCAACAGAGGAGAGAAGUUCAGUGACCCAAAGUUCCCACCGCAUGACUCAUCGCUCUUCUUCUCCAAGCAGCCACCUGGUGUUAUCACCUGGAAACGACCCCAUGAGCUUGUUGAUAAGCCUCGUUUGUUUGUUGAGGGAGUGAACGCAAAUGAUGUCACCCAGGGCCAGCUUGGCAACUGUUGGUUUGUUGCAGCCUGUGCCACCCUCACUGGUGUCAAGGAACUGUGGCAUAGGGUUAUACCAGAUUACAAAGAUCAGGAGUAUGGAGAGCUUCACCCGGGCAUCUUCCACUUCCGCUUCUGGAGGUUCGGGGAGUGGCUGGAUGUUGUUAUUGACGACCUGCUGCCCACCAUCGAGGGCCAGUUGAUAUUUACACACUCUAGAGAGAAGGGGGAGUUCUGGUGUGCCUUGCUGGAGAAAGCGUACGCCAAGCUUCACGGCUCGUACGAAGCCUUAGAGGGCGGUAAUCUCAGCGAUGCUCUGGUGGACUUAACCUCAGGAGUGUCUGCUCACCUGGACCUCAGUGUGGGCGGCUACACCGACGACUUUGAGAAACGUAAACAACUGUUCAAGAGGAUGAGCAAAGAGAUGGACGAGCACGCUUUAAUGUGCUGCGCUAUUACGACUGGAGAAAACUUCCCUGAGCCUCACAGUCACGAGGAGGCAGAGAUGAGAACUAACGUGGGACUGAUCAAGGGACACGCUUAUGGCAUCACUGCUUGUAAGAAGAUCAACAUUGGCGACACUGGUCUCUUCUCCAUAUUCAAAGGUGCUCAGAAGGUGCGUAUGGUCCGGCUGAAGAACCCUUGGGGCGAACGUGAGUGGAACGGAGCCUUCAGUGAUGGGUUUUUCAGGAUGGAAAGUAAAGAGAGGAGUGGAUUUGUGUACACAACUUCGCAACUGACCAAAAUGUACUCCAGGUCCCCAGAAUGGUCUAAGGUGUCGGCCUCGGAACGGGAGAAGUUAGGACUGACAUUUGAAGAUGAUGGUGAAUUCUGGAUGACGUUUGAAGACUUCGUAGAGCACUUCACGGAUCUUUCCAUCUGCUUCCUCAUCAACACCAAAGUCCUGAGCUUCAAUAAGACCUGGCACGAGACGGUGUUCUAUGACGCUUGGACCAUUGGCGUCAGCGGACAUAACUCAGACAGAGCCGGUGGAUGUCUCAACCAUAAAAACACCUUUCUCCGCAACCCACAAUAUAGGUUCGACAUCAAGGAUGAAACAGAAGACGUCAUAUUCCAGUUGAUGCAGAAAGAUACACGUGACCGCAAACAAGAUGGUAUACAGAACCUCGUCAUAGGCUUCCACGUCAUGAAGGUGGAAGAGAACCGUAGGUAUCGUGUUCACCGCAUCCAUGAGAGUAUAGCCACGUCGGACUAUAUCCGCACGCGGGCUAUAUUCCUGCGAGAACAGCUGAAACAGGGACGCUAUGUCAUCAUUCCUACAACCUUCAAACCAGACGAAACGGGAGACUUUAUUUUUAGAAUGUUUACCUCCAAGGAUCCUGAUGCUAAAGAACUAAUGAAGGACCAGCCUAAGAUACCGUGGUACUCGUGCGUCAAGAAGCCUUCCAUCGUGACCACAAUCACCGUGAAGUGCGCCACUAACCUGGAGAAACAGUCUACGUUUGGAGGGGAAGCAGACGCCUACUGUAUCAUAAAGUGUGAGGGAGAGUCGGUCCGUACGCCCAUCGACAAGAAGACCGCUAACCCUAACUGGGACACUACGGCCAUAUUCUACCGUAACAAACCUGAGCAGCCAAUAGUAGUUGAGAUAUGGAACAGCAACAUGUUGAUGGACGGGUUUAUUGGCCGAGCAGAAGUCACCGCCCCGAUCAACCCCAACACUACCCAGAUAGAUCUUCCACUGUUUGGCCGCCGCAAGGAGAAAACAGUGGAGAAACCAGGCAAUAUUAUAGUGCAAGUCUACAGUGAUGAUGAUCUAACUAGCAUCUGAUAAUUGUUGAUAGAAAUAUGAGAGUUUACUGGGUGUGGGAGUUAUGUUUAACAUAUUGUGCAGUAAUGGACAGCAGGAAGCAUCUCCAUUAACAUUAUAUGUCAUUGAAUAAUAGGAAGGAUGUUAUUUUGUAUGAAUAUUCUUGAAUAAAUGUUUGUACCUGUAAUAGUAAGGGGAGAAAUAUGUAUAAUAAUCUGCCUCUUUUUUUUUAGUUAGGUUCAAUUACAGUAAUUUAUAAGUGCAUGUAAACCACAAAUGGGAAAUAAAAUCACAUUGGAGAUAAA